AUGUCCUGCGGCUGGCUGCUCGCGCUGCUCGUCCACGUGCUGCUGCUGCUCGCGUGCCCGAGACUCUCGCGGAGCGCCCUCGACUACUCCUUCACUGACAACAGCGACGCCCAGCCGGAGCGCUACGACAAACGAUAUGAUGAUAUUGAUUACGACAGUUUCGUCGGCCUGAUGGGCAGGAGGAGCACAGGAAUAAAUCGUGAGGCACAUUUGCCAUUUAGACCGAAUAUGAAUGACAUCUUUGUCGGACUGUUAGGACGGAGAAACACUUUGUCGUCUAUGAGAAAAGAAAGGAGAGGGAACAUUUUCUUCAAGGAUGGAAGACUGAGGUUUUGCUGUGGUGUAUGA